AUGUUUAUUGCUUUGUGGGAGUUCUUCUAUGGGCACUUUUUUCGAUUUUGGAUGAAAUGGCUCUUACGACAGAUGACUGGAAAAUGUGAAUUGCAGCGAAUUUUUGACACCUAUGUAGGUGCACAAAGGACGCACAGGAUAGAAAAUUCCUUGACAUACUCCAAGAAUAAGGUUUUACAGAAAGCUACACUUGUUGUUCAGAGUGAAGUGGACAGAUGUGUAGAAGAUAUAAUGAAGGAAAAGAAUAUUAACCCUGAGAAGGAUGCCAGUUUUAAAAUCUGCAUGAAGGCAUGCUUACUACAGAUAUCCGGUUACAAACAGCUCUAUUUGGAUGUAGAAAGUGUGAGAAAAAAGCCGUAUGAUUCUGAUAACCUGCAACAUGAAAAGCUGCUUAUCAAGCUUUGGAAUCUUCUAAUGCCCACGAAAAAGUUGAAGGCUAGAAUCUCCAAGCAGUGGGCUGACAUUGGUUUCCAGGGUGAUGAUCCCAAAACAGACUUCAGAGGCAUGGGCAUACUUGGAUUAAUCAAUCUUGUAUAUUUCAGUGAAAAUUACACCAGUGAAGCUCAUCAGAUUCUUUCCCGUUCAAAUCAUCCAAAAUUAGGGUAUUCUUAUGCAAUAGUUGGAAUCAAUCUUACAGAGAUGGCUUAUAGCUUACUGAAGAGUGAAGCUUUGAAGUUUCACCUCUACAACUUUGUUCCUGGUAUACCAACAAUGGAACACUUUCACCAGUUUUAUUGUUAUCUUGUGUAUGAAUUUGACAAGUUUUGGUUUGAGGAAAAGCCAGAAAGCAUUAUGUAUUUCAACGUGUACAGAGAGAAGUUUCAUGAAAAGAUUAAAGGACUCUUACUGGAUUGUAAUGUAUCACUUACUUUAAAAAUAUGA